UCAGUAUUUAAAUUUAUUCGUUUGUAUUAAAAUUACUUAUGACAUAGUGAGUGAUUUGUAACUUUUUUCAGUACAUGAAACCAUAUGUUGAUUCUUAAUUAAAUAUGGUACCAACAAUUGGCGAGAGAGUAAAACAUGUAAUGCAUAAACAAGUUAGAGAUACAAAAAUGAAUAAUAAAAUAACAGUGAAAUCAAGGGAAUAUAAUACGGAUGAAAAAAUUUCAAAGCCAUUAAGAUUUUUUUUUAUCGUAAAUCAAAUAUUCGCUUCCCUGGAUUUUGGAUUUAAAGAAUACAAAACUAAUAAAAUGAGAUUGUUGUCGAAGUUGGGUGUCAUUGCAGUUUCACUGAUCCAAGGAACAAUUAUAAUAGUUUUUUUAUUCAUAAAAAUGAAUUUUUUUUAUCCAAAAUGGGUACUAAAAUUACUUUUGGAAUAUUAUUCGUACGUUCUGAUAUUAAUUUUUACUCCGGACGAUAGAACUUUUUGUUUUUACCUAAUGGAACUACAGUAUUUUGACGAACAAAUGGGCAUUCAAAGUUCUUCGUACAAAAUAGAUUUUAAGAUAAUCGUAUUUUGGUGUGUGUCGUCUAUAACAGACGCUACACUGAUGUGGAUCAACUAUUUAACAUCAGAUAAAUAUAUUAAUUUACUGACUCUCAAUGGAUUGUUAUAUAUUGUUAAACGUACGUGUACUCUGCCCUUGAUAUUGCUUUUCUUCGUGUUUUAUUCCAUGUUAUGUAGAUUAUUAAAAUUAAAAUUAUAUAUCAACAAUAAGAAAAUAUCUGUUCUCCGCGCUCUUGAACUUUAUAGAUUUUUGAUUGAUGCAAUCGAAAAAGUUAUAGGGACUUUCAAGUACAUUUACAUAGUAUACCUGAUUUUCAAUGUCCCAGGAGUAAUGGCGUCCCUGUUCGAAUUGAUCAAGUUAAUGAUAAGUGAUGAAAAUAUCAAUUAUUUAAAAGCAGUUACUCCGUAUUUCGACACAUUGGUUAUUAUUAUAAUAUUGAUUAUUCCAACUAUCACAGCUACUAUAUUGUCACAAGAAACUCUAAAUAUUAAGCUCAUUCUACACAAUAGGGUUUUGGAGGAAGUCGAUGAAAAUGAAAUUGAACUAUUGGAGAACAUGAUUCAUUAUAUAGAAGCCAGACCGUUUAAAUUUUUUAUGCUGUCACUCGUACCAAUGGACGCUAUGCUAGUGAUCAUACUUUUUAACUUUAGUAUCAACUAUCUUAUUGUACUUAUUCAAAUAACACAUGUCUUAUAAUAUUAUAGAAGUAUUAAAAGAUUUAAAAUCAUA